AUGUCGAGCGGCAACGAGGAAGCACAAUUGGCACAAUGCCAAGCCUAUGUACAGCGACACAAUAUUCAGCAACUUGUGAAAGAGGCUAUUGUUGCUCUGUGCAUUCACAAGCCCGAAAAUCCCGUUUUGUUUCUAAAGGAGCACUUCGAUAAACUCAACGAACAAAGGACAGAGGUACACAAAUUUUUCUCUCUAAUUAUUUUAUAUUCAAAUCUCGUUAAGAGCUUACUGAAGAUGUUUUUCCUUUGUCAUGUGCGUCAUCAUUUCAUCACGUAUUUCAUCGUUUUCUCCCUUUCAUUCUCAUUAAGGCUGAAAGGCCUGUUGUUUCGUCCUUCAAUAACAGGUCAUAUCAUUCAUGUCACUAUUCACUUAACUAAUUGUCGUCAAUACUUUCCUUUGGUCUUUGUGUUGUCUACGUUUUUCUGCAGAAUGGCGUGUACGCAUGGAACUCCGUGGUACUGUAUUCCUGCAUGCGUGCUACAUUUCUAA